AUGUUCGCAACGCAGACAUUAUCAUUGCCAUUGCAUGCUAAUCCAUGCCGCGUAGAUCCUUGUGUGACAAGUGAAUGGAUCGCAUUACCGCUAACUAAAAACAUUUUAGGUCUUUGGAAAACAACAUCCUCUACCAUUAAGCCACAGCCCAUAGAACUAAGUGGUCACGUGAAAGAAAUUUUUGCACUUUCAUUCAGUAACAGAAAUCCAAUUCAUUAUCUGGCAUCUUCUUGCAGAGACAAAAUACUGAUUUGGAAACUGAGUUUAUCAUCAACAAAUGAUCAAGAAAUAACUAGCAAAAAUCUUGGUUCAAAUGAAGGAGAAGUAACUGCUAUGUGUUUUAAUAAUUCAGAUGACUUACUGGCAGUAGCAUCAGAUUUUAAAGUUUGUCUUUUCAUUAUAGGACAAAAAGAUAGGCCCACACCUUGCAUACUAGAAGGCCACAGGGCAAUGAUAACAAGUUUGAAAUUUUGUCCACAUUACUCUGCAACAUUGGUAUCUAUAUCAGAUGACAGAUCAUUUUGUGUUUGGGAUGUCCGUGAGAAUCUCUUAAUUUAUCAGUCAACAAUUAUUUCAUCAUCACCUCUUAUCAGUCUUUGUAUGAACUUAAAAAUCCCACAUUUUGCAAUUGGAACUGCUGAUGGCAGUCUUAAAAUCUUCGAUCUUACUGAUGGAAAUAACUUUCGACAGCUUGCCAAUAUAGACUUAGCACUUAAUAUUAAGAAGAAAAGCCAAAGCAAUCUGAUGCCAAAUAGAGAAACUGAUAAAAAAGGAAAAGUGGAAAACUUAACAACAAUACAAUCCAGUGAAUCUGUAUUGGCUAUUGAGUUUGUGUAUUUGCCACAAAGCAAAGGUGACUCUUCACAAUUAAAUUUUUUUAUUUUGGAAAAUUCAGGUGCAAAUGAUAUUUUGAAUGAUCUUCCUCCAUCUCUGUGCAUUAUUACAUCAACUAAUCUGCUCCAAAUUAAUUCAAAAACAUAUGAAAUAUUAGACACUAUUAAUCUACAGCAUCCUAUGAAAGCCACUUCAUUUUCUCCGUCCAUAACUAUUGGUCCUAUUUCAUAUGGUGCCUUGCACCAGAAAGAUGCUUCGACAGUAACUGCAGUUUUGGGAUCAAUGUUUGAGAAAAGAAUUAAUGUGAUUACUUUAUCGUUGUGUAAUAAUAGUGUUAAAAAACUUGAAACCACAUAUGAAUCAGAUCAUUCACAGAUGGAUGACCUAUUUGAAUUGAAUAUUAUUCCUACAAUGACUCUUUUAAGCAUUUCUCCCUUAAAAUCUGAAUUUUUUCCCCAAUUGGUGGCUAAAGCUAUUACAAGGAAAGAAAUAACUUCAAGCAAAAAGAAGCCAAUUGAUAUUUUAAACCAGCCACUGACAUUUCAGAGCAAGAUAAAGUCCUCAGGUUAUUCUCAGGUUCCAAGAACAACAAUGUUCAAACCUGAAACAAGCAGAGUUCAACUGCUCAAACUAGAUUCAGCUAAGAAAAAGUCAGAAAAAAUCAAAAGAUUUUCAGCUAGCAAGAUACUGAAAGAUAAUUAUGACACCAGCAGAGGACUCCCCACUGAACUUUGCAGUACUUUUGAAGUUGACUUUCAAACUACAGCUGUAUCUUGCCUCAGAUUUUCUGAUGAUGGAAGUGGUUUAGCUUGUGCAUUGUCAAAUAAAUCUGGUCUAAUAGUGAAAUCUCCGUUAAGCAAGCAAGUUUCAUUAUCCCUCAUUGGUCACAACAGUGCGGUAAAUUCUGUGUUCUGGAGUAAUAAUGGCUCUUAUGUCCUUACGGCAUCUAAUGAUAAAAUGGUCUGUGUGUGGAACAAAACUGGUGGAGAUUCUGUAAUGAAAUUAACUCAUAUACAGGGAACACUCAAAGAAACUCAGUCAUUAAAAAAAAGCUCUGCUUCACUUUCCAGAUCAUCCAGUUCAAGUGGUAGAUUGAAAACAUCCUUAGCAAUUCAUGUUGACAACAAGCCAUUUUCCAAAGAAAUUAGAAGUGCUCAGUUUUUCUACAUUGAUAAAUUCAUAUUGAUAACACAUGGGCCAGAACUUCUCUUAUACAAAUACAAUAUAACAGAAGAGUGUGAUGACGUAAAACGCUACCAGAUUCGGAACAGACAUAAACUUGUGGCCACAUGGCUAACACCCAGCUCAUCCUUUACCGCCAUGGCGGCCGUAAAUACUUUUUUCUCAUAUUUAGUUAUCUGUACAACAUCUGGUCGCAACUUGGAAGUUUAUGAUUUAAAUAAAUCCAUUCUUGCCCACCAAUUCAGAGACUGUCAUUCAAGGUCUGCUCAUUGUGUUGCUAUUAAUGAAGGAUCAUGUUUUUCAACGCAAUCACAAUCAGCCUAUAAUGUCAUUGCCACCAUUGCCCCCACAGAUCCAAUAAAGCUUUGGGAUUUACGUUCUAGGACUAAUGUUCAUUCUUUACAGGGACACUUGAAUAAUGCUCAUGCGUGUCAAAUUGCUUUUAGUCCAUGUGGAAAUUAUAUAGCCUCAGGCUCUGAAGAUCGAACUGUUUAUCUUUAUGACUUGAGGAAGGGAACUUACUGUGAGAGAUUGAGAGGCCAUAAUGAGGUGGUUCAGAGUGUAGCCUUUCAUCCUGCAACGCCUUUUAUUGCUACAGGCAGUAUUAAUAGCAGAAUAUUAUUCUUUAAGCCAAAGUAA